CCAUCCUACCAAACAUCUAUAUAUAUAUAGAUAUAUAUAUAUCAGAGAAGCCCCUCCAAAUGUGAAAUUUUACAGCAUAUUGAAAUUGAAUCCGCUGAGCUCUCUCUCUCUCUCUCUCUCUCUCUCUCUUUCGCUGUCUCUGUGUGUGCCUGCUCCUGACUUCCUAUUUGGUACAAAAGAGAAGGCUUUCAUUUGGAUUGAUGCGGAGGUGGGCUUCUUCAUUGGUUCCCAAAGGCAGGAGAAGCUCGGGAAAGGCACACUCUCAACCAGAGGCUCAGGAAGCUAGUCAUUCCAUGGCUGAAUCCCAAAGAAACGACCAACAUACAGAUGGCUCCGAGUUAAUGUUAAAGGCAAUGGAAUGCAAUACCACUAGGCUUGAGGCUUUGGAGCAGAGAAUUUCUGCACUGGAAAAGAUUAUCAAUGAUCGUUUUGAUGCACUUUUAGAGUUUCUUAAUGAACGAAUUCCUGAAAGUUUAAAACUUUCUGCUUCAUCCGCUCCUUUGGAGAUUGCAAGCCCUCGGGAGCCAGAUGAGAAGAGGCUAACUCAGGAAUCAAAAUCUAAAUUUCAUGAUAUGAUUGGUGAACAACCAACUAGUCAUGCAAAUAAUAUCAUCUCAAAUCAUGAUUUCUCUCAAGGGCUAGAUACCUGGCAUCCCAAUUCUUGUCAUGCAUAUGUGGCUUCAAGGGACUCUGGGCUUCUUAAAGGAAUAACAGCUAACUCAGGGGGGUGCUAUGCUGUUGUAACAAGACGCACACAAAUCUGGCAAGGGUUAGAACAAGAUAUUACAAGGAAAGUUUCUGUUUGCUCAACAUAUACUGUCUCUGCCUUUGUUAGAGUUUGUGGGAAUCUUCAGCAACCUACUAGCGUACAAGCAACACUGAAAUUAGAGCAUACAGACUCCCCAACUAGAUAUUUGUCUGUGGGAAGUGCUUCGGUCUCAGAAGAAUGCUGGGUCAAGUUGGAAGGCAGUUUUUCCUUGCCAAACCUGCCAAAACGUGUAGUGUUUUAUCUGGAAGGGCCACCUCCUGGUGUCGACUUGCUCAUAGAUUCAGUAAUUGUCUCCUCCUCUAGCAUAACACAGAUUGAGGAAGUCAAAGAAAGAUGUGCCUCUGAAGAAGAUGAAGGCAUCUUAAAGAAUCCUCACUUUGAGAGUGGCCUAAAUCAUUGGUCUGGGAGAGGAUGCAAGCUGGUUUUACAUGAUUCUUUGGAACACCGGCAAGUACUUCCAUUACAUGGAAACUUUUUUGUGUCUGCAACUCAUCGUAGUCAAACAUGGAAUGGAAUCCAACAAGAUAUUACUGGUAAGGUGAAAAGAAAAGUUGCAUAUGAGGUCACUGCAGUAGUUCGGAUAUAUGGCGCUGCUAAUGCAGAUGUGCGUGCAACUUUGUGGGUCCAGACUCCAAAUGGCAGUGAACAGUACAUUGGCAUUGCCAAAUUGCAGGCAUCAAACAAGGAGUGGGUGCAGCUGAGGGGGAAGUUCCUUCUGAAUGGUGUUGCUUCAAAAGCUAUCAUCUAUUUGGAAGGGCCACCUCCUGGUGUCGAUGUUCUUGUUGAUAGUUUGGUAUUGAAGUGCGCAAAGAAAGCUCUACCAUCGAACCCACCCAAUAUUGAGGGUUCUAGAGUGCAAGCAAUUGGUUUGCUGAGAAACAUCAACAAAAAUAUCAUCACCAACUAUGAUUUUUCUGAAGGACUGCGAUCUUGGACCCUUAAUUGUUGCGAUGGAUAUGCUGUGUCAGGGGAGUUCAAUUUAUUUGAGGGAAUCCCUGCAAAAACAGGAGGCAAUUAUGCUGUUAUUAGAAAUCGUACCCAAAGCUGGCAAGGUUUGGAGCAAGAUAUCACUAAAAAGGUUUCAUCCGGUUCUACUUACACCGUUUUAGCAAAUGUCAGGGUUUGGGGACACCAUCAAGAACCAGCUAUUGUCCUGGCAACUUUAAAACUUAAGAACUCAGAUUCGUCUAUUAGUUACAUGCAAGUCGGAAGAGCAUUAGUGUCAAAAGAACGAUGGGAGACACUGGAGGGCUCUUUUACCUUGAAAAACAUACCCAAACAAGUUGUUUUCUUUCUGGAAGGGCCUUCUCCUGGUGUUGACCUCCUUAUAGAUUCUAUGGAGGUGUCUUGCAAUAAUGAUAUGAACCGGCAUCAGCAGAAUGUUAUGUAUGGCGUUAAUAUUAUUGAGAACAGCACAUUUAAUGAUGGUCUGAAGAAAUGGGUUCCUCUUGGUUCAUGCACGCUGAGUAUUCAUACAGGGUCACCACGUUUGUUACCUCCCUUGGCAAGUGAAUCCCUUGAUGAUCAACAACGACUAAGCGGACUCUAUGUUUGUGCUACUAAUCGCUCAGAAACCUGGAUGGGCCCUUCUCAGACAAUCACGGACAAGUUAAACUUACACUUAACAUACCAAGUUGCUGCUUGGGUUCGUGUAAGCUCAGCAGUAUCUGGACCUCAAAACAUCAAUGUUGCUUUUAAUGUAGAUAAUAGCUGGGUCAAUGGUGGUCAAGUAGAAGUUGAGGAUAAUGAAUGGCAUGAGAUUGCCGGCUCCUUCAGAGUGGAGAAGCAACCAUCUAAGGUGGUUAUAUACCUUCAAGGUCCUUCACCUGGAGUUGAUUUAAUGCUUGCUGGACUUCACGUGUUCCCUGUUGAUAGGAAGGCAAGAUUUGCUCAUCUAAAAGAACAAACAGAUAAGGUAAGAAAGCGGGACAUUAUCUUGAAAUUCACUGAAUCAGAUGCGAUCAGUUUGCCUGGUUCGGCUGUGAUUAUUAGACAAGUGGAGAACAGCUUUCCAUUUGGGUCGUGUAUGAACAGAUCAAACAUUGAUAAUGAAGAAUUUGUUGAUUUCUUUGUGAAGAAUUUCAAUUGGGCUGUCUUUGGAAAUGAGCUCAAAUGGUAUCACACCGAGUCACAGCAGGGUAAGUUUAAUUACCAUGAUGCUGAUGAGAUGCUAGAGUUCUGCGAGAAGCAUGGUAUCAAUGUUCGUGGCCACUGUAUUUUCUGGGAAGUUGAAAAUACAGUCCAGCCAUGGGUUCGAUCAUUGGACAGAAAUAACCUGAUGAUAGCUGUGCAGAAUCGUCUCAAAGGCCUACUAUCAAGGUAUAAAGGCAGGUUUAAGCACUAUGAUGUGAACAAUGAGAUGCUCCAUGGAUCAUUCUAUCAAGAUAGGCUCGGUAAGGACAUCCGAGCAUACAUGUUCAGAGAAUCCCAUCAGCUAGAUCCUACAGCGACUCUUUUUGUAAAUGAUUACAAUGUUGAAGACGGGCGUGACUCUAAGUCUACUCCGGAGAUGUACAUCCAACAAAUCCUUGAUUUACAAGAAAGAGGUGCUGCAGUUGGAGGUAUUGGCAUUCAAGGUCACAUUGAUCAUCCUGUAGGACCAAUUGUUGGUGCUGCAUUGAAUAAGCUGGCAAUACUCGGACUUCCUAUUUGGUUUACUGAACUAGAUGUAGUUGCGGAAAAUGAGCAUAUCCGAGCUGAUGACUUGGAGAUCAUACUCCGUGAAGCGUAUGCACACCCGGCUGUUGAGGGUAUCGUGCUAUGGGGAUUUUGGGAGUUCUUCAUGUGCAGGGAUCACUCGCAUCUAGUUGAUGCCGAAGGCGAUGUUAAUGAAGCUGGUAAGAGGUACCUUGCUCUGAAACAGGAAUGGCUUUCUCAUGCAGAUGGUCACAUUGAUGCACAUGGACAAUAUAAAUUCAGGGGAUAUCAAGGGAAAUACACACUUGAAAUUAACACUCCCGCAAAGAAAUUUUCGCGUUCUUUUGUUGUUGAUAAGGGAGAUGAUCCUUUAGUGUUGAACAUAAACUUGUAGUUUUAGUAGUAUUGGAUCUUAUUUUCAUACAAUGUAAUUUGUGAAAUGAGUAUUAAUGAAAGCUCUACCUGGCAUGAUUUUCUUGUUC